AUGCCAGCUGUCAAUGACACCAAAUUCAACUAUGAAGUGUUUCUUCUCACUGGGAUACCUGGGAAGGGAGACAUCCAUCUCUGGAUCUCUAUCACCUUCUGCUUAACAUAUGCUAUUUCGAUAGUAGGAAAUUCACUCAUUCUGUUCAUUAUAAAAACAGAUCUAAGCCUUCAUGAGCCAAUGUACAUUUUCCUUUCCAUGUUGGCUGUCACAGACCUAGGCUUAUUGAUAGCCAGCAUACCGACAAUACUGGGUGUAUUUUUGUUUAACUCAAGGGAGAUCAGCCUCAAUGCCUGUCUUGCCCAGCUGUUCUUCAUCCACUCGUUUACAUUCAUUGAAUCCUCUGUGCUCUUGUUGAUGGCCUUUGACCGCUUCAUCGCAAUCAGUAACCCACUGAAAUAUACUUCCAUCUUAACCCUGCCAAGAAUAGUGAAGAUGGGACUGGUGUUUGCGCUAAGAGGGGUGGCCGUAAUACUUCCACUCCCCCUUCUCCUGACAAGGUUCCAAUUCUGUCGAACCAAUGUCCUCUCCCAUUCCUUCUGCCUGCACAUGGAGGUCAUGACAAUGGCAUGUGCGGACAUCACAGUCAACAACAUCUAUGGCUUGUUUAUUACAGUUAUAACAGUGGGGUUGGACUCUCUGCUCAUCUUCCUCUCUUAUGUGAUGAUCCUCAAAACAGUGCUGAACAUCACCUCCCACGUGGAGUUCCUCAGGGCCCUAAACACCUGCGUCGCCCACCUCUGCGCCGUCCUGCUCUUCUACAUGCCAGAAUUCACCCUGACUUUGAUGCACAGAUUCAGAAAGAGCUCUUCUCCCUUGCUUCAGAUUGUCCUGGGCUAUGUCUACCUGCUGGUUCCUCCUCUGCUGAACCCAAUCGUGUACAGCGUGAAAAGCAAACACCUUCGUUCGAGGAUAAUCAGGGUGUUCGUUAAGUGA